AGCAAUCAGUAGAACAAUCGGAAUCAGUAGAACAAUCCGCAAAUGAAUCAGUAGAGCAAUUAGAAAACGAAUCAUAUCAAUCUAGAUCCUUUGAGUUUGACUGUUUAAUCAAAUUUGAUUAUGAACGCUCAUUAAGUGCAGUUUCAAAUAAUAAAAUUGUCGCAAUGAGAUUAGGAUCGCACCACCUUGAUCUGUAUAAUGAACUUUUAAAUGAAGAAACUUUAACAAAAUCACUUAUGCAAGAAGCAGAAUUUAAAACAUUAAUAGACGAAAAAAUAUAUUACACAUCAGAUAGACUUUUAUGGGUCCGAGAAAUUUUUAAAAAACAAUGGAUCAAAUAUUUACGAGAAAUAUUAAAAGAUAAUAGUAAAAUAAGAGCUCUACCUACUAAAUCACAAAUGGUGAAGAUUUUGCAAGAAUUUAGAAAGAAAAAUAUAUCACGUAUUUCUUUUGAACCAUGUGAUGGAUCAUUUGUGAAGUGGAAAGUAAACAAUAAUGGAAAAAUACAAGCUUCUUUGAAAAACUUUGAUAAGAACGAAUGGGAAUCUAUAGAGAGUAUAGAUUUAAAAUAUCAGUUUAAUUAUAUGGAUUUUCAUAAUAUUUAUAGAUGUGAUUUAUUGUAUAAUGAAGAUUUAGUAAUAAUUACAUCGGUUGGAUUAUUCAUAUGGUCAAUUUGGCCGAGUUAUAAAAAAAUUAAAUUACGAUAUUAUAUCAACUAUCGUGUAGAUGAUACACCAGCUGAGGAAACUGUAGGAAAUAGUGACAAAUUUGAUAACUUAAAAAAUGAAUUAAAAAAUAUAUUAGAAAGUUUACAAAAAUAUGAAACUUUAUUGUCAGCACCAGAUUUUGAUUUUAUUGUUAUCAAUUGUAAUCAAUCAAAUGCAGAAGAGAGAUGUUUUUUUAAAGAAUUACUAGAUGAUUAUAUUGAAGAUAAUAUAUUGAUAAAAUUAUAUGGACAGGAACUUUUAAAAUGUUGUUUAAGAACUAAAAACUAUUCAAUAGCAGAAAGAUUAUAUUAUAAAAUUUUUAACGAAACAGAACAUGAUAAAUUUUUAGAAAAAAUUCAAUUAUUGGAUAUCAUUACCUUUUCAUUUAUAGAAUUAACUCAAUUUCCUCAAAAUUUGAAAGAAUUUUUAUCAUAUACUUUAUUUAUUCAUUCUAAAGAAAUUAAAUCUAUUAAAGGUUUUUCAGAACCGCAUCUUCAAAGUUAUAUAAGAUAUUUACAACCACCAACAACUGAUGCUUCAAACAAUUUAAAUAAUUCAAAAGAAUUAGAUACAAAUAUGUUUACAAAUUUAGAUACAGCAUAUUUGGCUGUAUAUAUGAUGUUGACAGGCGACUCAUCUUAUGUGUCUAAUUGGUCAUUAACUGAAAAUCCAACACUAAUG